AUGGCUGAGGUACGUCCUUCAGCGCCCGGGCGCAGUAUAUCAGCCCACGCGUUUGAAAGCAAACUCAGCCAGCAAUUGUCGCAACCCCAUUUUCCAGAACUGGAACAACAUGAAUCGUCGCGCUCACCACGCUCGUCCAAAUCGCGUUCACUCUCUGAUGCAUCCAAACCUACAUCUCUAGCGCAACCAUCUACAGGUGAUUUAAGUCGACCAGCAAGCAAAGACGAGAAUGCGAUUCCUGCCCUUCCCGCGACUCCUCGACGAUCAAGCCUGCCUCAUUCAAACUUAUCGCUGAACUUGCCUUCCAAACCCACCGUGUCGCCAUCUCUCACCAACCGUGCUCCUCUUUCUCCUAAACUCGACCCAUCCACUACCUACGGAUCACCGGGAUCUGUUCUGCCCCGUCGAUCCCGGGGUCUCGAUUUCUCCCGCGCAUGCACAAACCUUCACCAUUCCACCCUCGCUGAGUCCUCCCCGGAUUCAUCUCCUACCGUUGGAGGGCGGGGCAUGGCUAUACCGCAGCGACACGGAUCGCCGGGUGCGACUUCCAACCCGCCGUUCUCGACAUCAGGACCGGUUGAACGUACCGCCAUCUCAAGCUCCAUGUCGAGUGUGAAUAUGAUGGAAUCAGACACGAGCAGUAGCGAGGAUGAAGACGAGACCAUGGGUGAUCGCGACGACAUAAUGAUUAAUACACCACAGCCGACGCGCAUGCAUGGUCCGAGUCCCUUUGCGGGCACUAUGCAAAGCCCAGGUAACGAGUGGAUGGGUGGCUAUUCGCAGGCGGCUGCCAGCUUGAUGAGUUUCCAGCGCGCGCGUUUCCGCAAAGGUCGCAGUCGCCAUAGUUCCAGCAGUGCGAGUGGGAAUAGCUCCAAGCCCAGCCCUACCCCUCACUCACCACCCAUCAUGAAAAGCGUUGAACAUCCCUCGGCUGGAUAUUUCGCGCCGCGGCCAAACGUGAAUGCACGCAGAGAGAGCCUCAGCUUCGGCACCCGCGACUUACGUCUAUCUGAUAUGAGUGACGAUGGUGAGAGCCGCAAUACGCGGAGUGGAAGCCCAGUUCCCAAACAGAACUCAGAAAGCGGCGGUGGGCCAUGGGGAGUCAUUCGUCGUGCAGUGACCCGACGUGGAAGCCUACUUCCCAAAACCAAAACAUUUGCGCGAAUUCGCGCUGCCCUCAUGGAGGAGGGCGCCCCAGUCGAUAGUGAUAUGAAACGUGAGGCAGAAGUCGUCCGGCAGGUCCGCGACACUGAGCCCGAGCCUACUCCUGCGUUGGGCGAAUUCCCCUCUCUACAACCAUCCACCUCAUACGAUUCCAUGGCACCUGAUGAGACGGCAGCCAAGGCCGGGCUGGAAACCCCAUCGAAAGGCAGUUUCAACAAGCAAGCAAGUCGUAAUUCGGGCGGCGUUGAGUUUUGGAACUCAUUCGAUGGGCGAUACCGCACUCCACCACCUGCACGACAGGGUGGCCCUUCUUCAGUGGCCGAUGAUGACAUAUCUAUGGAUAUGACACCCUCUACAACCAUCGGUUCAGUGACAGCAGAUUCCUUCAAGCCCCGCUCUCGCUCGUCAACCCCCCAUGCUCCCGGUAUUUCCAGUAUUGGGGAGAUUUGUCGGAAGCGACGUCGCGAUGAUGACUUUGACCCGAAUCUCUUGAAGCGCCGGGCCGUUUCACCUAGUGUGAGCGCUCAGAGCAGCCCAGUCAUGACACAUUCCCACCACGUGAGUGAUACGGGGCCCAAUAUCUGGGGUCCGCCUCCAAAGCCGGGUCUUGGUGCACCGUUCUCAGAGCGAUCCAGUGCCGAUUCUGGCCCUCGGACCACUCCCCAUGGAGGUACGAAACGUGUCGGUCUGCAGGGAAUGACCGAAGCCAGCGAUGGAUUUAUGAAUAUGAGUAUUGACUGA